CACACCAAGCCAGACAAUCGAGCCACUGAUCUCCUUCCUUCAAUCAUCAACUCGAGAGCUUCAACAUGUCGGCACCCAGCUUCUCUCCCAUCUCUUGGCACAGGAACACUUCCAGCAAGAUAUCAUGACGAAGAACGCAGUCGUGCCACUCGUGAGGCUUGCCGGAAUCGGAAUCUUGACACUCCAGCAGACGGCGGUGGCAGCAUUGGAGAAAAUCUCAACCACCUGGCCACAGGAAGUCGCUGAUACAGGAGGAAUUCAUGAGAUCUCCAAAUUGAUCGUCCAAGACGAUCCCGAACCAUCUCUCGAGCUAUGGGAAGCGGCAGCUCUAACGCUCUCAAAUAUUCUCCGGUUCAACGUCGAGUACUACAAUAGAGUCCCUCUCCUCGUUCUAGCUCGAAUGUUGCAGUCAACAUUCGAUAGCACGAUUAAGGUUGCCCUCAACGCAUUGCUCGUUCGCGAUCGAGCCGAUGAGUCGAGCGCCGAGCAAAUGGUGGAAGCUGGAGUUGUCGAUGCGCUGUUAGAUCUGUUGAGAUCUCAUCACUGCGAAGAGAUCUCCGGGAGGUUGCUUGAAGCUCUGUUUAACAAGAAUAGGGUUCGAGAGAUGAAGAUUACGAAGUUCGCGAUCGCACCUCUAGCGCAGUACCUGCUGGAUCCGCAAACGACGUCGGAGACCUGCAAGCUGCUUGCUGCUCUGGCGCUCGGAGAUCUGUCGCAGCAAGAAGGUCACGCGAGAUCGAGCGAUUCGGUGACGGCUUGUCGAGCGCUGGUCAGCUUGCUGGAAGAUCAGCCGUCAGAGGAGAUGACGAUGGUGGCUGUUUGUGCGCUGCAGAAUUUUGUGAUGCAUAGUCGAACGAAUCGGCGAGCGGUGGCGGAAGCCGGUGGGAUAUUGGUGAUCCAGGAGCUGCUGAUAUCGCCUAGUGCAGAUGUGGCAGCGCAGGCAGCCGUGCUGAUUAAGCUUAUGUUUUCGAAUCAGUCGCUACAGGAGUACGUUUCCACUGAGCUCGUCAGAUCUUUGACAGCUGCACUGGAGAGGGAGUUCUUGUCCGCAGCAACUAUGAACAUUCGGAUAUUGAGAGCGAUAAACGUCGUGUUCACCAACUUUGCUAAGCUCCACGCUUCGGAAGCAGCAACGCUAUGCAUCCCCCAUUUGGUAACUGCUCUCAAGUCCGACAAUGAGGCGGCUCAAAGUUGUGCAUUGGACACACUGUGCGUAUUGAAGGAUUCGUGGUCUGCCAUGCCGGUAGAUAUAGCCAAGUCUCAGGCGAUGAUGACUGCUGAAGCUGUGCCCGUCCUGCAGAGCCUGUCGAAAGCCUGUCCGACGGGUACCUACGACAAAGCAGAUGCACUGUUGCGCUGUCUGCCCGGAUGUUUGACAGUCACCAUCAAGCGCGGGAACAACUUGAAGCAGGCGAAUGCUUUAUGUCAGUUGACUAUCGGCAACAGCCCUCAACGGCAAACCAAGGUGGUAAGCAACAAUAGCUCGCCAGAAUGGAAUGAAUCUUUCACAUGGGCAUUUGACGUAGCGCCUAGAGGACAGCAGCUCAGCAUUGUCUGCAAAAGCAAGGGGACAUUUGGCAAGACAACGCUAGGAAGAGUAAGUGUACGAAUCGAUAGAGUGGUAACAGAUGGAAUGUACAAUGGAGUUGUGACCCUCACUAACGAUGCCACCAAAGACGACACUUCCAUAACACUUGAAAUUGAGAUUGUUUGGGCAAACACGACCUCGGAAUAAAAACCACCAUAGCUACAAGGAGAGAAAUGAGACAUAAAUAUUCUACAGCACCACAAGUAAAGCAUUUUUGUUGGGCAAUAUGAUGUACAGAUGUAUUUAUUCAGUAUUUUGUAAGUUGCAGCUUAGAAUCAAUCGGUACAUUUUGUAAGGGGUAGGUUUUACUCUCAUAAAGGAGUGCGCCCGGCAAGUCACGAAUUGAUCUUGCGAGCGGUGUAUUAUUUAUGUAAAUGUAAACUUAUCUGUACAGGGUGAAAGUUCAUCAGAGGAGAAAACCUUAAUAUAUUAGUAAUCAAGAU